AUGUCGAUAAACAAUGUCGACAAAACUAUCACGAAUAUUUCUACGAUCGAAAGUGAACUUUUAAAUUCUAACAACGUCAGAUUCUAUCACGAGGAAAUAGUUAAACCACGAUUAAUUUUACAAUCUAACGAAAAAAAACGAUUCAAGCUUCGAUAUUGUCCUAUAGAAAUGGGAGAUCAUCGACAAAGUUAUACUUUCUCGAUAGUCGACAAUCCUCACACUACAUAUCAUAUCGAAGUUAAUGGAAUUGCGUCGAUACCGAGACUUGAUAUGAAUCCUUACAUAAUUUUUGAAAAAAUAAUGGAGAAGAAAAUAGAUGAAACAAACGAACCUUCGUUUAUUUUGGAUGAUGGUAUAUUCGAUUUUGGAUCUUUGGUAUUACUCAAAAAAGAAAAAAGAUCAUAUCAUUCUGCAGUGAAAUUCACUUUAAGGAAUAUAACACCAAUAGAGGCAGAAGUAUCGUUAUGUUUUAAUGAUAGCAAUGCAAAUGAAUUUAAUGUUCAACCAGAAACAUUGAUUAUUCCUCCCUACGAGAAUAGGAAGGUGACCAUAUCAGCCGAGAUCAAUAAACUCGGUCCAUUUUAUAACAAAUUAUAUAUUUGUACAAAAAAUAAUCCACGGAUCGAUAUGAUCGAAUUACGAUGUUACGGCAUCAAAUUGGAGGUUGAACUCGAUGAGAAACAAUUAUCUUUUGGACGUGUACUUCUCUACAGAAAGGUAGAUCAUUUUACUACCAUUCGAAAUAGAUCCACAGUACCGAUAUUCUGGCGUAUCGAAUGUAAAGAACCUUUCGAGGCGCAAAUAACAUUUAACCCAAAAGAAAACCUUCUAUUACCUUUAAAAGAACAAAGGAUCGAAUUUUCCUACGAUGCCAGCACGAUAGGUAUUAUAGAAAAAAAAAUGGAUUUUCAAAUAUUUCUGCACGAGGACGAUGAAGAUCCUGUUAAUACCGACAUUAUUACAAUUUUUGCUGAGACAUACGACGUAUUGGUUGACAUAAAUUAUGCCAAUCCGAUCGAUUUAAAAUUUGUCAAAGUCGACCAUCCUGUCAAUGCACAUUUCGAUAUAAAAAAUCGUGGAAAUUACGAAAUUCAAUACACUAUCAAUUUCAACGACAACGCAAAGCUAAACAAUAACGUUGCCAGACCUACAAACGUGAAAAAAAAUCUUGAGAUUAAUCCAGUUAUCGGUACGAUACAGCCACAGAAAACAAUUACGGUGGAAAUGACGUUUUUACCAAAAAAUGAGAUCCAUUUGAUGGAAGCACCGAUAUUGAUCUGUCACAUUCUCGAUCCUAAUCAACAACCGAUGAUUGUAGCAGAACUUCCUUUGACCGUUUCCCUUCAAGCUUAUUAUAACAGAUUCAAUAUAAAUCCUUAUUCUGAAAUAAAUUUCGGCAUGAUCCCGAUUUGCACUAAAAAGAUCAUGAAUCUCGAUAUCGAAAAUACAGGAGUCGUCAAGUUUCAUUAUAUAAUACACAUUCCAGCAAAAUCAAUGUUUUUGCCUGUUAGUGUAAUAAAAGAAGAACGAACAAAGAAAUUAAAUACCGGAAGGGACACAGAAAUCUUGAGUAAAAGGGAAAAGAAAUCGAUGAAAACUGAAAAAACAGACAUGAAUGUUAAGAGCACGUUAAAUAUUGGUCCAUUCACAUUAAUGAAAAUAGAGGCUGACGUCGAUGCCGGACAGACCGAUACUAUAGUAAUCGAAUGUUACCCGGAAAUAGUUGGCUCUCAAGAAGAACAAAUUAUUGUUUUUGUUCCGGAUACUGUUAUGGAAUACAAAGAUGGGAAAAAAUUAGUUCUGCGCGUUGAGUCUUCCAUUCCAUUGAUCGAUUUCACGAAUUUAGAUAAUAUGUUUCGAAGCAAUCAUAUUGUUGAUAACAUAGAAGACUUUCUAUGUCCCAAAGAGAUCGGUGCUCACACAGUGUUCGCACGUCAACCAAAGUGCCUCCAUUUUCGUCGCGUCACUAUGUCAAACGCAUACACGACUUGUUUCGAGGUCCACAAUAGAGGUAUCAUACCUGCUGACAUAAUAGUCAAAGCUUUCGUGAAAAGGCCUUCGAACGUGAAAGCUACAACUUUCAUUGUGGAACCACAAAAGGAACGGAUACCAGCUCAUAGUUAUAAAAGGAUCAACAUCACUUUCUCUCCUGCGUUGAUCGAAACCUAUUAUGGGUAUUUAGAGAUCUCGUUAAACUUGCCAGUUCAUAUAAAUACAGAAAAAUUGAUGAUUGACCUAAUCGGUGAAGCCUGCGUGCCGGAAAUAACAAUAACGGAACCAACAAUCGGUGGUGUACAUGAUAGACCAAUCAUAAGAUUUCAUCGUACACUCGUAGAAGAAACGAGUAUUGAAAAAUUUUCUUUUGAAAAUAUCGGAUUUGUUAAAGCAAAUGUUAUCGUUGAAAUUUAUGAUGAUCCCAAUAGUAUCUUCAGCUUCUCAGCUACUCCCGAUACUCAGACUCUUCUACGUACAACGGAUUAUGAGGACGAUGUUCGAGACAAAAGAUGCUUCACCGUUGUUAUUCGUAUGAUGCCACAAGAUGUUGCAAGUUUCGAAGUUAUGUUUUCACCAAAAUAUAUUGGAAAGUAUACAGGUCGUAUACGUCUUUUUAUCGUUGAUAAUCCUUAUGACAAUUUAACGAUCGAUCUCGAAGGUGAGAGCUUCCUCGAAUCGAUCGUACUUCAGGAUUUAGAGUUUCUUAACUUCAUGUCUAACAAUCGUCGAGAAUUGAACUCGAAGAAAAAUAAAUUAUCUUCUAGUUCGUUAACAGAUACAACACCACCUGUAUUUCUCUCUUAUAAAUUGGAUUACGGUACAUGUCAGAUCAACAAAAUGUAUAAAAGAACAUUCAAGAUCGUGAAUAAAACUUUGGAUCGAUGUUUUCGUUUUCAAUGGACCGCUCAUCCCAACGUAGUUUUCGAACCAUCGAUUGGACAUCUUCAACAUUCAACGAGCAAACAAGUUACCGCUACUUUGCUCGAAUCUGAACCUAAGAGACAUGAUGUAACCAGACUAGAGUGUGUCGUUUCGCAAAUCGAAAUUUCGAAUUACACGGGGGAAAAUUCUUGGGACGAUAGGCAAACCAUCGUACGUUGGGAGAAAAUCGAUAUCGCCGAUAGCAAUAAAGAGGACAGUUUAUCGAAAAAGAACGUAGAACCAACUAACGAGCCAGAACAUGCUACAAUACCUGGGACAACUAGAUGUAUACUUCUGUUAAUAAACGCAAUAAUAGGAUUUUCAGAAUAUUCUUGUUCGACGACUUCGAUUGAUUUCAAGGACACACUUAUGUUCCAAAAACGUGAAUAUACGUUCACCUUAUCGAAUCCAAGCGACGUUAAUACAGAUUAUGUUUGGAUGAUAAAUAUGGAUGAAGAAUAUCCAAAACGAAUAUCAGGGAGUACGAUACGACUCAGCGAAAAAUCGAAAUCUUGUGAAUUUCGAUCUCGGUCAGGAUCGAAAUCAUCACGAGGAGUUCUUUACCCAACUGAAAAGAAUGAUAAUAAUAAUUUACGUUUACAUCGUUGUAAACCACUUCCUAGUCAUGGUGAGAGAAACAGAUUUUUCUUUAAGAUUACGACUUUUAUGAGUCAAAUAGAGAUUGCAAAAAGUCUAUCAAAUCAGAAACAACCUUUCUUGGACAUAAAACCACGUCCGUGUACCUGCAAAGAGUCAGAUCUUUAUAGCAGCACAGCCUGCCUGACGGAUCGAAGUACCGACAGUUGGCUCGAAGGCGAGGAUCUACCAUUCGAGAUAGUUCCACGAAGUGGGACAAUGCUACCCGGAGAAUCUCUAGAAUGUACCCUAACAUUUUUACCUAGAGAUGUAUUUGAUUACAAAGCCUAUCUUAAUUGCAAAAUAGAAAAUCUUAAUCCAAAGUUAACAGAAUUAGUGAUCCCUAUCAAAGCAAGAAGUAUACUUCCUUAUUGUCACUUUGAUGUACCUGAAAGUGAUUACAUAUCAAGUGGCAAACGUGAUCGAAAAUUACCAGGACCUAUCGGGUACUCAAUGACCGACGUGAUUGUAGAAAACAUUAGAGUGAUCGAAUUGAAUGUGAUCGGUAUUGGUAAUGUUCACACGAAACGAUUUCCUAUGAUAAAUCCUACGGCCGAUAAUUAUCAUUUUUCUUGGAAAAAUCAUACUCCUUAUUCCAUCAACGAGGUCACCAAUUUUCAAUGUUUAGUAUCGGAAGGUGUUGCAGAACGUGGGAAACAAACUGAAAUGGCAUUCACAUUUUUAUCAACUGACGUUGGCACUUUCGAAUCCUUUUGGAUGUUCUCGAUCAAAAAAUAUGAUCUAAAAUGUUUGUUUCUUUUUGUUGCUAUAGUUAAGGAACCUGUAGUAUACUGCACGAGGCCUUAUUUAAAAAUGAAACCUACUCUUCUGGACCUCGAAGUACAAGAUUCCGUGAGUAUUAUCAAUAAAGAAAAUUUUGAUAUUUCUUUUAAAAUAUCAGAAGGAAGUCUCUACUCCGAAGGACAUUAUCAAAAUAUUAUAGUGACACCAAUGAACGGUGUUCUUAAAGCGAAUGACGAGCAAACGUUUUGGAUUAAUUAUAAACCAAAGUUAGUAGGAGAGUUUCAUUUCUCUGUCCAAUGUAUCCUAAAAUUCUUAAGAAAUCCACUUAUAUUUUUUAUAACCACCACAACUUAUGACAUAAUGCCUUGCAUCACGUACAUUAACAAGAAGGAUGAAGAUAUCAGAUUGUUGGAUCAUCAAGAUAAUAUUAUCGACUUCGGCAAAAUAAUACCCAAAAGAUCUAAUAUCAUUAGAUUCAAAAUAAUCAAUUCAGGCAAUGUAACAUUUUACUAUACAUGGGAUCUUGGUAUGACACCAGAGAUUAUCAGUAUGAAUGCGUAUGUAAUAUCUAUAUCUGAAAGGAAAGGUCACGUUACAAGCGAAUCCCAUACAACUUGUUGUCUAACUUUGAUGGCUAAACGAAAAAUGUUUAUAAAAAAUCAUUGUGUUAUUCUAAAGAUCUCGAAAGGUCCAACUUAUCGGUUAAUUUUAAAAGCAAUUGCGUGUAAAGCUCCUAUAGAAUUUAGCUUUCGUCAAUACAAUUUUGGUCCCUGUUACGUGCGAGAAUCAUCACCUUAUCAAACCGAAUUGCGCGUGAGCAAUACUGGGAACAAGCCUCUCAUAUUGGAAUGUAAGUUCGAGGAACGACCACACAUGUCGAUUAAUUUGAAUGAAUUAUCUCAAAUUCUGGCAGGCAAAUCCAGCAUAAGUAUUCCUAUCAAAUUUCGACCUAUGCAGGAAAUUAAUUACGAAGAAAUCUUAACGUUUCUGAUCAAUUCGGCUGUCGAGGAAAAUGUUAAGAUCACUGGCGAAGGAAUCAGUUACAAAAUUCGUCUGGUGAAUUCACAUGAUAAAAUAAUCGAAUUGGGUAAUGUACCGGUACAUAAGACGUUGAUAAAAAAAGUACCUGUAAUUAACGAGGGUCGAGCACCGGUUGAUUUGAAAUUCGAUCUAAUGAGCAAUUUAUUGCAAGACAAAAGAUAUGUAGAAAAAAUACCCACGUGUAUCCCAAAAUCGUACGAGGAAAUCAUAAAAUAUCAGGAAUAUGUAUCCAUGUUAAAAAGCAAAAUAUUUAACGAGGAUGAUAAAAAUCUUCGAAUGGAUAUGACAUAUGCUGCUCAAGCUCUGAUAAUUGAACCAUCCAAUAUGACGCAAGUUCGAACGAACGAAAAGAUAGAUUUGACGAUCAAAUUCAAAGCAACGUCUAGGAUAAACAUGUUUACUCAACAAAUCGGAGCUAUGGUCGACUCGACCAUUUUCUCUCUAUUUAUACUUCGUGGUAGUUGCGUUGGACCAGAGUUUCGUUUAGACAAAACGUACAUCGCAUUUGGUACCGUCAUUCAAGGUUGUAUCAGUGAAACUAAAUUGAUUUUGAUGAAUAUUGGCGAAGUAGGAGGAAAGUUUACAUGGGACACGUCGAAUUUGCCGAUCGAUUUUAAAAUUUCACCUAAAUCCGGUUACUCUUCUCCCGGCACUAACGUUCAUUUUAUCGUGAAAUUUGAACCGAUUCACGAAAGAAAUGUAAUUGAAGGAUACGCAGAAAACGUGAUAGAAAAGCUUGACACAUUGAAAAUAAAAAUAACUGGUGCUUGUAAAAAAUUACCGGAUCCGAUUGAAACAUUAUCUUUUAAGACUUUUGUUCGUUCGAAAGAAUCCAAAUCCAUAAACGUCUUUAACGAUACUGUAUUACCGUGGAAAUUAAAGCCAGAAAUAUCUGGAGAACAUUUUUACGUCGACAAUAUUCUCAAUAUUCCUCCGGAAGAGUCUACUUCCUGUACCGUCAUUUAUCAGCCACUUGUUAUGAAUACCGAAGACAAUCUUCAUAAGGGAAUAUUGUUGAUAAAAUUACCAGACAACAAAAUACCUUUGUUAUACUCUUUACAUGGACUCAGCUUACCUCCACAAGCUAUAUCCACGAUUGUACGUCAGUUUCCUGCAAAAAUGAAAUAUACAGAAUUAUUGCCCGUGUAUAAUUGGAAAAACAGACAUCAACAAUUUAAAUGUAUAAUAGAAACUAUAGGAGAAAAGAAAUUGUAUUUACAGGGCUCUAAUAAUAUUCCAAUAUUCAGUUUUACUGGCGAUAACAAUAUUAAUGUACCGUCAAAUAAUCAACGCGACUAUCGUGCUAUUUUUCAUUCUUAUAAAGAAUCAUACUUUCAGUUCAAGAUCACGUUUAUCAAUGAGGAUGGAGAGUAUCAAUUUUAUGAGGUACAAUACACCAUAACAAAACCGGAAGUCAUCGAAUCGAUCAAAUUAAUUACGGACGUACGUUCGUCCGCAUGUCACACGUUGCAACUUUAUAAUCCAUUAGAGAAUAUCCCUGUAACAUUUACAUUUAAUUGUCGUCAUCCAGCAAUCACCAUUUAUGACAUACCUAUAACCGUGUCACCAUUAUCGAACGGAUUUAUUACGAUCAAUUAUAAUCCGAUAUUGACGUCCGAAGAAAUGAUUGAAAAACUUGAUAUAAAUUGUCAAGAACUUGGAUGUUUCCCAUAUGAAUUACGAUUAACGGCGUUACUUCCGGCUGCAGAAAAAACUACGCAUGUCACGGCGACAUUAGGAAAUACUGUGAAAUUUUCACUUUCAAUAAGAAACUUUACUUUGAAGAAAGCAGACUUUGUCAUUGAAGUAAACAACGAUAGUUUUAUUUGUCCUAAAAAGAUUGAAUUGGAAAGAUUGGAAAAAGGUUCGAUCGACGUCAUUUACGAGCCGCACGAUAUCGAAAAUAUUACGACCAUUUUAACAGCCACUUCAAAAACGGCGGGCAUUUUUACAUAUCCCAUAAUUGGUACUUAUUCAUUACCAAAACCUCAAGGCCCAUACACGAUGACAGCGAAUUCACCAGUUAUGAUCAAAUUUAAAAAUAUUUUCGAAGAAACAAAAACAUUCGAAUUCCUCGCGAACAGUAAUUUAGAUUUCGAGAUUAAACCAACAUCACAAGAUAUUAAUCCGAAACAGGAGAUUAAUGUGAUAGUGAAUUUACGACAUACGGACGAAACUGAAUUUUAUGAAAAGUGUCCAGUAACGGGUAAACUUUCUGUGCAUUGCACAGAUCCUAGACUCUCUCAUGUGAUUUGGAUAUAUUAUUUAAGAGGAAUUAUCGAAUAA